AUGUGGUCUAGUGGUUUGGGUGAUGCCACUCGGCGUAGGGAGCUGGGAACGCCAGUGAACAUAUGGCACCACGAAGAUACCCAUCUGGACAGGAGAAGAUCAACCGAAGUUGCACAGGACUUAGAGAGCCACGAUGCGCAUGAUGAUCCUGACUCGGCCGGCAAUGGAGAAGGUACCUGGGGCGAAAGAGACGUUGGUCGAUUUGAUGAACAGGAAGCGUUGGAUGAGUUAGAGGCACUGAGGCACAACCUCUCACGGCUACAAAGCACAAGAACAAAAGAGUCGCAAGCCAGCAGACAUUUCGAUUUAACCAGAGCCGGCAGUCAUCGGAGCGAAACAGCUGAUGUGCUUUCAAGGCACGGUUCAGCACAAGCUCAAGGCGACGAACUUGAGGAUAAGGAUAAGUUCGUAACGGGAGAGACAGAAUUCGAGCUGGGACGAUUUAUGCGCGAUGGCCACUUCGAAAAACGUACCGAAGACGGUUCUGCGAAGCGAGUUGGUGUCAUAUAUAAGAAUCUCACGGUUAAGGGUGUGGAGAGUACCUCUUCUUUCGUUCGUACACUCCCGGACGCCAUACUUGGAACUUUCGGACCUGACUUAUACCACAUUGUCUCCCGGAUCUUUCCCAUCCUUCGAUUAGGCAGGAAGCAGCCGAUGCGAACCUUGAUCAGCGACUUUACGGGAUGUGUGCGUGACGGAGAGAUGAUGCUUGUUCUGGGUCGCCCUGGCUCCGGAUGCAGCACAUUUCUCAAAGCUGUAAGCAAUAACGUUGAGUCGUUUGCUGCUGUCGAGGGCGACAUUUCAUACGGCGGCAUUCCGGCAAAGAAGCAGAAGCAGAUGUAUCGAGGCGAAGUGAACUACAACCCCGAGGACGACGUUCACUUUGCUUCGCUAAAUGUCUGGCAAACUUUUACGUUUGCGCUUAUGAACAAGACGAAGAAGGGUGCUAAGGCAGAAAUACCUAUCAUCGCUGAUGCUCUGUUAAAAAUGUUUGGGAUCAGUCAUACAAAGUAUACGCUCGUCGGUGACGAUUAUACUCGAGGUGUGUCCGGCGGCGAGCGUAAGCGAGUAUCUAUUGCCGAGACAUUAGCAUCGAAGUCCACCGUGAUGGCCUGGGACAAUUCGACUCGAGGGUUAGAUGCCUCAACGGCUCUCGACUACGCGAAGUCGCUGAGGAUUAUGACCGACAUCAGCAACCGAACAACGCUCGUAACACUGUAUCAAGCCGGUGAAGGUAUUUACGAGCUCGUGGAUAAGGUUCUGGUCAUCGACCAAGGCCGACAAAUAUUUUCGGGUCCGGCCAAGGAUGCGAAGCAAUAUUUCAUAGACCUUGGGUUCGAAUGUCCCGAGAGGCAGACCACGGCUGAUUUCCUAACCGCGGUCACCGACCCUAAAGAGAGGCGCUUCAGGCCCGGGUUCGAGGACCGAGCACCGAAAACGGCCGAAGAACUGGAAACGGCCUUCCGCAACUCGCCGAACUACCAGAAGCUGCUACAAGACGUCCAAGACUACGAAGAGCAUCUCCAACGCACGGAUUACGCGGAUGCAAAGAAGUUCGAGGGCGCGGUGCAAGAGUCCAAGUCGAAGCAUGUUAGCAAGAAGUCUCCUUAUACCGUUUCGUUUACUCGCCAGGUGUGGGCAUGUACCCAGCGAGAAUUCUGGCUCUUGAUCGGGGAUAAGUUGACUCUCGGGACGAAAUUCUUCAUUACUAUCGCUAGCGGCCUCAUAGUCGGCUCCCUCUACUAUAAGGAGCCAUUCUCAACCGCCGGGGCCUUCACGCGCGGUGGUGCCUUGUUCUUUUCCGUCAUCUUCCUCGGCUGGCUUCAGCUUUCCGAGCUCGGUAAAGCCGUUAGCGGACGAGCAAUCGUCGCUCGCCACAAGGAUUACGCCUUCUACCGUCCAUCUGCUGUAUCGCUCGCCCGUGUUAUUCUGGACUUUCCGUUGAUCUUCCUUCAGGUGUGUAUUUUUGGGACAACCAUGUAUUUUAUGACCAACUUGGAUGUCGAUGUGAGCAAGUUUUGGAUCUACAUGCUGUUUGUCUUUACCACGACGAUCAUGAUCACGGCCCUCUACCGUAUGUUCGCCAGCUUAUCGCGGGAAAUAGAUACAGCUGUGCGCUUCUCCACCCUUGCUCUCAACCUCCUAGCUAUAUUUACGGGCUACACCAUUCCAAAAACUCAGCUUCUGCACAAGUACAUCUGGUUCGGAUGGCUGUAUUGGAUCAAUCCUCUAUCGUAUAGCUUCGAGGCAGUCUUGACAAAUGAGCUCUCUGACCAACUAAUGGAUUGUGCUCCUGAACACCUUGUCCCUCAAGGCCCUAACAUCCUCCCAGAGUAUCAAGGAUGCGCUUUCACUGGCUCCCAACCAAACUCGAGAGUCGUUGCUGGGAAUGACUACUUGCAGACGGCCUUUGACUACAGCCGUUCUAACCUAUGGCGAAACUUCGGCGUGGUGGUCGCUUUUGGAAUUGUUUACCUCCUCAUCACAGUUGUGAUAACGGAGACGUUCGAUUUUUCAUCCGACGAUGGCGGCGCGCUCAUCUUCAAGAAGAGUCGAAGAGCAAAGAAGCGCGCACAGAAAUCCGCCACGCCAUACGAUGUGGAAAAUCAAAGGGCCGACAGCAACCGCUCGUCCGCAACUAGGGUCGACAACGCACAAACUACGAGCGAGGAACAGAGCGAGGCUUUGGAACAACUUACCAAGGGCGAAUCUAUUUUCACAUGGCGAGACCUCGAGUACACCGUGCCUUACCUCGGUGGCGAGCGUAAGCUUUUAAAUAAAGUUAAUGGGUACGCGAAACCUGGUAUUAUGGUUGCACUUAUGGGUGCCUCCGGGGCCGGCAAGUCGACGUUGUUAAAUACCCUAGCGCAGCGACAGCGGACUGGCGUUGUUACAGGCGAGAUGUUCAUUGACGGGAAAGCUCUGGGGCCCGAGUUUCAGCGGAAUACGGGUUUCUGCCUCCAGGAUGAUCUCCACGACGACACGCAAACGAUUCGCGAAGCCAUUGAAUUCUCUGCCCUCUUACGACAAGAAGCGACCGUUCCUCGAGCCGAGAAGCUCGCAUAUGUGGACAAGAUUAUUGACUUGCUCGAGCUUAACGACCUCCAGGAUGCUAUCAUCAGCUCCUUGGGCAUCGAGCUACGUAAACGAACGACUAUUGGCGUAGAACUCGCCGCCAAACCGUCAUUGCUUCUAUUCUUAGACGAGCCAACGUCGGGUCUCGAUUCUCAGUCGGCCUAUUCUAUCGUCACCUUCCUGAAGAAGCUCUGUGCCGCCGGCCAAGCCAUCGUCUGCACUAUCCACCAGCCAAGCUCCGUCCUCAUCCAACAAUUCGACAUGGUGCUCGCUCUCAAUCCCGGCGGGAACACGUUUUACUUCGGCCCCAUCGGCGAGAAUGGCAAGGAUGUAAUAGACUAUUUUGCCCAGAGGGGAGCCACAUGUCCUCCGGAGAAGAACGUCGCCGAGUUCAUCCUCGAAACCGCGGCGCGGCCUCACAGGCGACCCGACGGCACCAAGGUCGACUGGAACGAGGAAUGGAGGAACAGCGAGCAGGCGCAAAGGGUCAUCGAGGAGAUUGACGGCCUCAAGAGAGUCCGCGGCGCGGCGUCGCACGGUGACAAGGUCUCGAAAAGCGAGCGGCAAAGGGAGUUUGCCGCGCCGGCUUGGCUGCAGACGGUCGAACUGACGAAGCGAAUGUUCAGGCAGUACUGGCGCAAGUCGUCCUACCUGUACGGAAGACUCUUCGUAGCGGUGCUCAUCGGGAUCUUCAACGGGUUCACCUUCUGGAAGCUCGGGAACAGCGUCCAAGACAUGCAGAACCGCAUGUUCACGGUGUUCCUGAUCAUCAUCAUCCCCGCCACCAUCGUGAACGCCGUCGUGCCUAGGUUCGACCAAAAUAUGAGCUUGUGGCAAGCCCGCGAGUACCCCUCUCGCAUCUACGGCUGGGUGGCGUUCUGCACCGCCAAUAUAGUCGCCGAAAUCCCCGCCGCCAUAGUGUCGGGUAUCAUAUAUUGGGCCUUGUGGUGUUGGCCUAGCGGUCUUCCCGGCGACAGUUUGGCUGCCGGAUACUCUUUCAUAAUGACGGUGCUUAUCUUCCUAUUCAUGACCAGUUGGGGCCAGUGGAUCUGCGCAUUCGCCCCCAGCCUAAGAGUUAUUGACAACGUGUUGCCAUUCUUCUUCGUCAUGUUCGGUCUGUUCAACGGUGUAGUGCGGUCCUACUCGGCGCUCCCAGUGUUCUGGAGGUAUUGGAUGUAUUGGGUCAACCCCGCCACAUAUUGGAUCGGCGGCAUGUUAGCCGCGACGCUUGAUGGGGUUCCCGUUCGAUGCGACCCGUCUGAAACCGCUCAAUUCGACGCCCCUCCCAACCAAACUUGUCAGUCUUAUGCCGGCGAGUUUGCACAAUCUGCUGGAGGGUACCUGCUUAAUCCCGAAGCCACAUCUGGGUGCCAGUACUGCCCUUAUACAGUCGGCAAUCAGUAUCUUACUACCUUGAACGUCAAUGCGGACGAUAAAUGGCGAGACUUUGGCAUCUUUUUGGCUUUCUGCAUUUCUAAUUGGGCGCUUGUGUACUUCUUCAUCUACACAGUACGCAUUCGCAAUUGGAGCUUCGGGUUUGGUUAUGUGUUCGGCGGUCUAGGAAAGCUUGCCGGUGCGUUGAAGCGACAAUUCAAGAGAUCCAGCAGGAGGGGCGAGUAA